CGUAUUCUAAACAACUGUUGUCAAAGUGUUGAUAUGAUGUACAUAUCCUUCCAGAGAUUCGUUCAUUUCGAUGUGUACAUUUGUUGUCAAAUACUCUCGUGUAUGGUACAGUUCACAAAUACAUGUAUGCCGAAUCUUCAUUAUGGAAACCACCUCGUCGGGUCAACAUUUAAGAUUAUUGAGAAGUCGUCGCUAUUCUCCUGUGCCGCUGAAUGUGUUUCAUAUGGAAUAUGCAAAUCCUUCAAUUUUGAAGUUGGUCGGAGAGCGUGUCAUCUGAAUGGUUUAGAUGACCUAGACUAUCUGGAAGGUGGAGGGAGAGAUCCAGAUUUCAUUUACAGUUCUAUUAUAAGUUGGAACAAGACAACACUUGGUCCAUGCCAUGACAACCAAUGUGGAUACACACAGAGAUGCAAUUCCAAGAGAAAUGGCAACGUUCACUGUGAGGAAUUUCUGCCUAAUAUUGCCAAGAGUAAGUCAACAACUUCAAGUUCUGUUUACAAGUACCAGCCAAGUGUUGCAGUGGACGGUGAUCUUACAGCAGCAUGGUCUUCUGGAUCCUGUUUCCAUGUUGCCUACGGUGAUUUCUCACCAUGGUGGCAGGUGGACUUGCUGGACAAUUAUGUCAUCGUGGAAGUUCGUGUCACUGGCAGAGAAGACUGUUGUCCUGAGCGUCUUCACGACUUUGCUCUUGACGUGUACCAAGCCGACCCUAUUGCUUACCCUGAUGUCAGUCCACAACUGUGUUACAUGUACAAUGCAAACGUCACAGAGCGUGGCAAAACUGUUGCCAUACAGUGCACCUCAUCCGUGACAGGACGCUACCUGAGAGUUAGUGGAAAGGAAACCAAGAACGAGCUAGAUGUCCUGCAGUUUUGUGAAGUCCAGGUCUUUGGUUACGAUGUGAUACACUGGUAA